UCCCUCCUCCAGUCUUCCAUUUCUCUUUGCGAUGGGAGAAGAAGGAGAAUCCCAGCUCCGUACGGAGAUGGACAGCAGCAGUAAGAGAAAGCUGGAAGAGAUCCAGAUCGCGAAGCAGAAAGCUCAGGAGAUCGUAGCCCGCCUCGUCAACGAUGCCGAAGCCAAGCGCCCUCGCUUCGACGAACCCUCCGAAACCCACGUCCCUGAUUCUCACCGCCCGCUGGGCUCUGAUAUUUCCCAAAGGCCUCCAAGCCAGCCGAAUCCGAUAGCUAACUCCCAAGUUGGUUCAUUUCCUUUUGCGGCACAACCAAUUCACUAUAACAAUUUUCAAGGAACAAGUAAAAAAGUGGACGUACCAAAUGCCAAGGUUGGUGUGAUUAUUGGGAAAGGUGGGGAGACUAUAAAAUAUCUUCAGCUUCAGUCAGGAGCCAGAAUUCAAGUAACCAGGGAUGCAGAUGCUGAUCCGUAUUCUCAGACGAGGGAGGUGGAAUUGACUGGUACGUUGGAGCAAGUCAGCAGGGCGGAGCAGCUAAUCAAGGAUGUAAUCUCGGAGAGUGAUACAGGGGGUUCUAGCACAUCAGGAGCACGAGGAAUCACAUCCAUGCAGCCAGGAACCGAACAGUUCUCAAUGAGAGUUCCAAACAACAAGGUUGCCAUGAUCAUUGGUAAGGGGGGUGAGACCAUUAAGAACAUGCAAAACAAGUCGGGAGCUCGAAUUCAGGUUGUACCACUACAUCUUCCUCCGGGUGACACAUCAACAGAACGGACAGUUUUCAUAAAUGGAAGCAAUGAACAAAUUGAAUAUGCUAAGGAAUUGCUCAAUGAAGUUAUCAGUGAGAAUCGUGCUAGAAAUGCUACAACUGGUAAUUACAUGCAGCAGGGAUACCACCCUCCGGGAAGCUGGGGCCAGCCAGGGCAGCCUCCGGCACUGCAAGCCGCAUAUGGAUACGGACAGCCGGGAGUGUAUCCUACUCCCCCUCCAUACUACGGUGGCUAUCCCCCACAACCAGCUGGAUGGGAUCAGGCAGCCGCUUCUGGAUCAGCUCCGCCACCUCAGCAAAGUGCUGGAUAUGAUUACUAUGGACAACAGCAAGGUCAGGUGGGAUCUAUUCCAUCCAAUAUUGACUAUGGUUAUUCUCAGACAACACUGGUCGCUGGCUAUGGUUAUGAUCAGGGUUACUCCGAUCAGCAGCAGAAUUAUGGACAGGAUGGCCCACCUGAGGGCCAACAACAUGACCUAAAUAACCCAUAUGCAACUCCGGGAUACGGAUCAUCCGGUGCAACACCUGGGAAACCAGAAGAGACCACAGGUCAGACAGUUGGAACAACCACCUCCCAGCCAUAUGUAACUCAAUCAUCUAAGCCAGCUCAGCCGGUUACAUAUAGUCAGCAACCGACUGUUUCACCAGCCUAUGUGGCUUCUCAAAGCUAUUCAGUCCAGCUGGCACCUCAGCCAGCAUAUGAUCAAUCGGGUUACACCCAUACAGGGUAUGGUGGGCAGCAACCUGCACAGAGUCUGUCACCAACGUCGCAGCUGGGCCACGAACAAGGUGCAUAUCCUCCACAGCCUGCUGUUUCUCAGUCUGGUUAUGUUCAGGGAACAAAUCCUCCUGCUUAUGAACAGCCAGAACCGCAGCCUUAGCCCCUACCAACAACCCAUGGGUAUUCGCAGGCAGCCCUUGGGUUAUGGAACUGAAAGAAAAGACGACGGAAAACACCCCUGCUGUUCUUCCUCAAAGAUAAAGGUAUUGGAUCUAAUCUCCUUAGGUGAUAGUAGUGUAGUUGUGUACUUGACCAUGCGGGUUUGUUAGAUGGUGAGCUAUCAUCCUAUAUCUGAACAACCUAAAUCUUUUGAUCGGCAUUUUGGCUGUUUAGAACCAUGUGUUUCUGUAUAAUAUUCAAAUGAAUAGAAUUGUGUGUUAGAGAAGAAAAUAGGAAGAAGAAAAAUCUUCUCUUCCUCCUUUUUGUUGA